UUUUUCUGGUGAGACACGCCCUCGUGGUCGACCACAAAUGCGAUGGACCGACGAUAUAAGGAAAACAUCCGGUAGCAAAUGGAUAGAGAUAGCCCAAGAUCGAGAUGAGUGGCAUAGACUGAAGGAGGCCUACACCUUUGAGGUUGAAAACGGCUAAGAAGUUUUUCUGAAAUACACUGAAACAUAAAUAGGUCACCAAUGCCGGCUGCCGAGCUGGUGGGGUCGCGGCGCGCGCUGCUGGCGGGGCUGGCCCUGUGCGCCGGCGCCGCGCUGCUGCUGCUCUACGCACCCCGCGCCCUGCGCCCCGCGCCCGCCCCCGCGGCGCCCAUCAACCUCACUGCCACCAGCCCCGCGCCCCCCGCGGCAGGCAACCACACCUCCCCCGCUCCAGCCAGCAGAGACUCACGCGUCAUCUUCACGCGGGACGUGUACGAGGCGGGCCACUCGCAGCCGCACGCCGAGCGCUGCGCCGCGCGGGGCGCCGGGCUCCGGCUGUUGAUUCUAGUGACGUCAGCACCCGACCACGCCGCCGCUAGGGAAGCCGUGCGACUCACGUGGGGACACGCCGCGUUGAGGCGCGACAUCGGCUUCGCCUUCGUACUUGGCAGUCUCGACUCACGCCACGAGGCGAAAGCUGAUGCUAUCAGAGCGGAAGACGAACUGUACGGGGACAUAAUCAUCGGCAACUCGAGGGAUUCUUACAGCAACUUGACGCUGAAGACCCUGUCCAUGCUGGAGUGGGUGCACACGUACUGCCCCGAGGUGCCGCGGCUGCUGAAGGCCGACGACGACAUGUUCAUCAACGUCCCGCGACUGCUCCAGUUCAUCGACGCGAGGAAGAACGAGACAAGAACAAUCUGGGGGCGCGUGUUCGAGCGCAUAUCGCCACAGCGGUCCUUGAGGUCUAAGUACUACUUGUCGCCGCGGCAGUAUCCGUCCAACGUGUUCCCGGACUACGCCACCGGUGGCGCCUACCUCAUGACCACCGACGUGGCGGGGGAACUGCUACAGGCCGCGGGGCAGGAGCCAUACUUGCGGCUAGAGGAUGUCUUCGUGACGGGCGUGCUCGCCAGCAAGCUCAAGAUCAAGCGGCAGAACGCGGCGGAGUUCUAUAAUAAGCAGGUGCUGUACCUCACCUGCAAUGUACAGAAAGGAAUCUCGAUACACAUGGUGCGGUACCACGAGCAGUUCGACUUGUGGCGAAAGCUACUCGAUGGGUUGACGAAGUGCGGAGACACCUAGACCCUGCGCUGGACUUAAAUUUACUGAGGUUUCUUUUAAAUUAGUCUUAAAUUAUUUGAAAGAGAGGAAAGGGAAAUAAAACUAUAAUGUUAUCAGAGUUGGCGCUGCUGGUGAUAAAAUCUCUCUAUUGUGAUUAGUUGGCCAAGGAUUAUUCCAUUAUGUUAAGUGACCAGCCUUGCCCGAUAAUGCUGUAAUAGACAUUUUUCUUCUCAGAAGAAAGGACCAACCAACCAAAAAAAGACAUGAGGCUCUAAAGAAGUGGGGGAUAUCAACUCAUGAAUGACUUUUGAAUAGCUCUGGAUCUGUUGAUGGAGCAGAUUGGUCAUUUGUCUAACAAGAUUGUAUCUAAUGUUAAAUAUGCCGAUUGCCAUAUAUGGGUUGUACCUUUUGGUACAUUAUUCAAUUUAAGACCUUAUACAGGGUGGGUCUUUCAUAGGUGCACAAUUCAUAGGUGUGUAUGAAUAAUCAUACAAGAACAUAAUAUAGGUCCCAUUGGUCCCAUUGGUCCCAUAUUAUUUACAGGUAUAAACCUGUAAAUAAUAAAAUCAUAAGCUAUAUUGACGACAUCGUUUACUUUUCCUCGUUUUCGUUCGCUCUACAUUUGACUACCUAUAUACCUUCCUAUAAUAUAGUAUUCUCACACCCUGGUAA